GUUUUUACCGCCCCAACCACCAAUGUAAACAAGGCCUUGAAGUCCCUUCACAUUUUUCCACUGCAUUGCCUUAGGCACCCUUUAAAAUUGUGGACAGUCCCGAGGCACCCUUUUUAAAAUUAUGGACAGUCCCGCCCCUUUAAAAUUAUGGACAGCCCCGACACCCUUUAAAAUUAUGGACAGUCCCGAGGCACCCUUUAAAAUUAUGGACAGUCCCGAGGCACCCUUUAAAAUUAUGGACAGUCCCGAGGCACCCUUUAAAAUU